AUGCCCUCAAAAACCUCACCCCUCAGCAACAUCAAAGCCCUCCUCUUCGACGUCUUCGGCACCGUCGUCGACUGGCGCUCCUCCGUCACAGACGAAAUCUCCCUCCGCACAUUCCGCAAACUCUCUUCUCGAGAAACCCUUGCGCCUACCCUGAAAGCUCGUCUCGAAGGCCUCACGCAGCAGGACUGGGACCGCUUCAUCCAGGAAUGGCGUGACUCGUACAGCGCCUUUACGAGAUCCUUCAACCCGGACACGGAUCCCUGGAAGAGCGUCGACCAGCACCACCACGACAGCCUCGUCGAGCUCCUCGGGAAAUGGGACCUCGAUGGCCUCUUUUCCGAGACGGAGAUUGAGAGCUUGAGCCUCGUCUGGCAUCGCCUCGCUCCGUGGCCGGACUCGCCCGAUGGCCUUGCGGCGCUGGGCCGCAGAUACGCCACUGGCACGCUGUCUAACGGAAACACUAGCUUGCUGCGCGAUCUCGUUGACUUUGGCGGCCUGUCUUUCCAAAACAUCUUUUCUGCCGAGACGUUCAAGGUGUACAAGCCCGAUCCGGCAACGUACCUGGGCGCCGUGCGAGCGCUGGGCUUGCGGCCGGAGGAGGUGGCCCUGGUGGCGACGCAUCUCGGGGAUCUCGAUGCCGCGAGGGGCUGCGGACUGCGGACGAUAUACGUCGAGAGGGAUAGGGAGGAGGCGUGGGGGCGGGAGGAGGAGAGAUAUAGCGAGGCGAAGACGUGGGUGGACUUGUGGGUGACGGAGGGGGACAAGGGGCUGCUUGGUGUUGCAGAGAAGUUGGGGGAACUAGAGUAG